UGACCUCGCUGCUUCUCCCAAUUGACUUCUUGGACAGAAGUUGUUCACUCCUUUUUCGAUACCUACAAUUGCCGUAGCUGUGACCGCGCCCUCAUCGAAUCGAGGACCUCGCCGGCGGCCCACCAAAUCGCCUGUCACAUCGAGCCGCGACACCCAACAUGCUUGUAUAAUAACCCUCGAUGCGAUAAGGACGUUUGCAACCCGGAAGAAGCGGUUGGAGGAUAGAGAUUGGGUUCGAAAUCUGGAACACAUUGUGGGGAAAUCAUGUUGGCCGUUCAGCCACGACGGCUUCUGUCGCGGCCGAAGGGCUUGUUGAUGCUUGCGGCUUUCGCCGCCACUGUCUACUUCAUCUUGCUGCGCCCUUUUUCCACUGGCUACCAUGCCGUGGCGGCGGGCGGCACGCAAGCUGCUUCAUCCUCGCAGAUCCCACCCGAUGGCGAUUCGGCUACAAGCUCCGGCGACACAGGCAAAGAGGAAAUGGAUCCUGUGAAGAAGAUGGAACAGGAAGAACACGACCGUUUCGAAGAUGCUCUGCGCAAUGAGUUUGAAGGGGAAAGCAAGGCGCUAAGCUCCGAAGCCGGUGCCAUCUACGGUGCGACAUUGGCAACAUUAAUCGACAAAGAUGCACCACGAAAACUGAGAUAUGAGGCUGCACUCAAUUCAACACGGGAGAGCUUUGAAUUCAGUGCCGAUUCACCGUACCUGUACGAUCCCUAUCCGCAUUACAAUGGCAAGGAGUGGAAAGCCAUGAACAAAGCCGCUUUCGUGGCUUGCAACGGCCCUGAUGGCGUUCCUGUUGAGGACAUCAUGGUCUUCAAAGGCACUCCUCGCGAGUUCCCAAAGCCAAGUUUCGGUAGUUACGAGGUCCUUGACAUGGACCAAAACUUAUGCUUCGAGAGGCAGACUAGACUUGGUAUCUAUGGCUACUCGUACAAUGAUACGCAUACCAAGAAGCAGUCCGAUUGGAAUGUGGUCAACUGGGGUGUGCUACAAGACCGUUGCGUAAAAAAGAAUAAGGCAAGAUUCAACAAGGUCGGCGCCACAAACCCAUAUCUCGAAACUGUCUAUAGCCGAGAUAACCACACUACGUCAGACCUUCAGUCACAAGCGCCGUACCCUUCUCAAGAGACCAGCAGUAACAGUGAGCUUAAGAGAGCGGGCACCUCGACCAAACCAGGAAAAUUCAGCAAUAAUGCCGCGAGCCGCCGAGGCUUGUCGGACUCUGGCAAGGACUCGAGCAAGGACUCGAGCAAGGACUCGAGCAAGGACGUCGUCAAGGAGGAAAGAACUGCUCUCCUCAUUCGUACGUAUACUGGCAAACUAUACAGCGAUAAUGAUAUGCAGAUCAUCCGCUCAUUGGUGUCGGAAUUGACUUUGCGGACUGGUGGCCAAUACCAGGUCUUUUUGUUCGUUCACGUCAAGGACAACACUAUCGAUCUCUGGCAUAAUGAGGAGAUAUACAACUGGGUUCUUUACAGCUCCGUACCUCCGGAGUUCGUUGAUAUGACUAUUCUCUGGAACGAUGAGGCCACCAUGUCAACAUACACCAAACUUGGCUCUAAGCAAGCCAGUGUCCACGUUGCGCAGUGGCUGUCUGUCCAAAAGUUUGCUCAGGAGUACACCGAGUUCGACUACAUCUGGAACUGGGAGCUUGAUUCGAGGGUCACUGGUCAUCACUACGAAUUCCUGGAGAAAAUUGUCUCUUUUGCGAAGAAACAGCCACGACGAGGGCUUUGGGAGCGUAACGAACGUUACUAUAUCCCCUCAGUUCACGGAGACUAUGAUACAGAUUUUAGGGAAGAAGUCGAGCGACAUGCGGUCAAUGGCUCUGUCUGGGGUGCUCCCGAGCUGCCAUUUAUCAAUCCCGUCGGACCAAAGCCACCAGUGGCGAAGCCCGAGGAUGAUAACUUUGAGUGGGGUGUUGGCGAGGAACCCGAUCUCAUCACUCUUGCCCCCAUCUUUGAUCCCAUCAAUAGUUCUUGGAUUGGCACAUCCGACGUGUGGGGCUACAAUGACUCGACGCAUGCCUCCCAAGAUGUACCCAGACGUACCACCAUUGUAACGCAAUCUCGAGUCUCGAGGCGGCUGCUUGACAUCAUGCAUGUAGAGAACUUACGAGGCAAUCAUGUCUCCUCAGAAAUGACUACGCAAACCGUGGCAUUUCUGCACGGGCUAAAGGCCGUGUACGCGCCCAUGCCCGUCUUCUUUGACCGCCCUUGGUCCGGCAAGCAGUUGACGAAAUGGUUCAACGGCGGCUGGAAUGGUGAAAGUGGCGGCGUGGGAAGUGCCAUGGGUUGGGGCAGAGAAGGGCGCUACAGGGGAAGCACUUGGUACUACCGCGCCGACCCUCCACAACGACUAUAUAUAAACUGGAUGGGAUGGGAGGAUACGGGCAUGGGAGGUCCUGAAUGGGAAGAGCUAUAUGGUCGACCAUGCCUGCCCCCCAUGAUCCUUCAUCCUAUCAAGGAUGUGGAAGAGACUGAACCGGGCCAUUCCAGCGAGUCGAAGCUGCCAUAUGCUUGAGCGAAGAUUUCGAGUUUGCUGCUCAUAUGGGAACAACCUCCCACUUGCGACCCACUCCAUUUCAAACAACCUGCCUGUUUGUUCCAUCAUGCUCAAGUGGUGUAUCGACGUUGCAUAAAGAUUUGAGACGUGUCAGCUGAUUGUCGGAAUAUGUGCUGGCGUCAUCAGUGCGC